AUGACUAGACUAAGGAAAGGAAGGCCUCAGCACACCAGGGAGAAAGCCCAGAGCUUACAUCAGGUGCUUUUGCUGCAGGAAUGAUCAGGUAGGCCUCUUUAUAUCCAUAUUUUGGUCGAGAUAAAGUUCAAACUCUGCAAAGUGUGACAACUAUGAGGGCAGUUAUGUGUGCAGUACUGUAUGGAGGACCACAGGGGUCACAGGGCAUGGAUUAAAUCAAAGGAGCAUCUUCAUAAAACUUUAAAAAGUGAAAUUCUUAACACAUCUUAUCUAAAACUUCAAAUGAAGUAAAUUCUCAGACAGUUGGACGCACCUGGGACUCAUUUUAUUGAAUUUCCCUUCGGGGAUCAAUAAAGUUCUUCUUCUUCUUCUUCUUUUAAGCACAUGCACUGUGUUUUGACGACACGAUCUUUGUGUUAAUAUAUUCUUUAUUGAAAUUGACCAAGAGUGGUGCUACAGCAAAAAGUUCCACAUUUUUAUUAGCUUAUUAUCAGGAUGGUUGAACAUGAAAUGACACUUUCUGUCCUUAGGGUGACACUGUUAUUUAAAAGUUCAUAUUUUUACACUUAAAUGACUGUUCCAAGUAUUUGAUCUUUUCUCAUCAGCCUUUUGUUUUUUAUUUAGAAUAACAAAUUGCAUUUUCCCCUAAAUUUUUAAAGCUCAGGUUUUUGAUAUCUUGUCAGAAAAACUUUUUAUUGGCACCUAUACUUUUUAAAAAUUGUUUAAAAGCAAAAGCAUCAAAAUUUAUAAAAAUUUAGUCAUUUAAAACUUGUCUUCUUUUAACUCUGUAAAGACUUGACAUGUUUCUAAAAAUAGAUUUAUGGGAUUCAACUUUAAAUCCAUUGAUUCAAAACUGGCACAACUGCAUUGGAGAAUUUAAUGAACUGGUGAGAUUUUAAAGUUUGUUUCUAAUGUACUUGAGCCUGAAAUCUUGUUUGUUUGAUUUAUUUUGCAGGAUUCCCAACACCAUCAUUCAGCUCCUGCUGGUGGCCAGUCCAAGAAGAGGAAGAGGACCUCUGUGGUCCGUACUUCUGGUUCUACAGGGCUGACCCACGAUCCUGCUCCUCAGCACUCCCACGCAAAAGUUGCUGAUCCUCCGUUGGUCCUGAGGCCUCAGUCAACAAUUCCACCUUCUGAGCUGCCUAAAGUCUCCCCUGUGGUUCACCCUUUCCAGCCCCCCACAACUCCACCACUGGAUGACGGCCCUCUGAUAAUACACCAUCAGUCAGUGGAAGAGUACCAGCAGCUCUACCAUGCCGUGGUCGAUGACAUGCUUCGGUAUGUAUGAUACAAAAAACAAGAAUCUACCACUAUCACAGACCAUGAUGGGAAACACUUAACCUAACAUUGUGAUUUCAACUACUUUCCCCUCAUGUCCACAGGUACAAAAAUGUCUGCCAGCAUCCCUUCAGCCUUGCACUGGGACGUCAUAUCAAGCAGAAGCUGUGGGAAUGA